AUGGAUGCUUACAAUUAUAUUAACAAGGCUAAGCGUGCAAAGAUUAUUGAUGGGGACGCUAACGUCGCUGUUGUAUACUUGGAGGCGAAAGCGGGGGCAGAUGGUGGCAGUAGAGUUGAUUACCAAUACUUUGGGGAUGUUCUAGCCUUUGAUUCGACCUACAAGAAAAAUAAAUAUCAGAGACCGCUGGUGAUAUUUUCUGGUGUGAAUAACCAUAAGCAGACGACAAUAUUUGGGUUUGGCUUGGUGUUAGAUGAAAGCGUUGGGUCUUAUAAGUGGUUGCGGGAAAAUUUGUUGGAAGUCAUGUGUAACAAGAAGCCGUCGGUUGUCGUCACGGAUGGCUGUGAUUCAAUGAAAGCUGCAAUCAAGUCUGUUUUUCCGGAGGCAACGCAUCGAUUGUGUGCUUGGUAUAUGGAGAAGAACGUAACCGCUAAUGUGAAGGAAGAGGGGCUGCGGCAAUGUUUCACCCGGUGGCUGUAUUCAGAGAUGGAAAUAGAUGAAUUUGAGGCUGAGUGGGAUGAUGUCGUUGCAGAGUAUGGGUUGCAAAAUAGUUUUUGGGCCAAAGAAACUUUUCAGAAGAGGAUGAUGUGGGCUAAUGCGUAUCUACAAGACAAGUUCUGUGCAGGUUUUCGGACAACAUCCCGGUGCGAAGGCAUUAACGCGUACGUGAAGAAUUUUCUUAAGUCUAGGCACAGUCUCGUUGAUAUGGUUCAAAAUUUGGAGUUGGUCGUGCGAGAGUACCAAAAUAAUGAAUUGCUUGCACAAUUUAGAUCACUCCAUGGGAUGUCGGUUAUGACAACUUGUUUGGAUCCUCUUGAAAAGUAUGCUGCAGAUGCAUACACACAGGAGAUAUUCGUUGAUGCGAAGAAGGAAAUAGUGGGUGUCGGUGCAGUUAAUUUUGUUGCCAAGAUUAGUCGUUCAACUACAAUGGUGUACACAUUGGAGGAAUACGGCGACCCAAGUAGAGAGGUGAUUGUGUUGUACGAUAGGGUUUCAAGGAAAAUGGAGUGCCGAUGCAAUUUUUGGAGCCAAAAGGGAAUACCUUGUCAGCAUAUAUUUUUUGUAAUGAAGCAUAAGCAUUUGACUCGAAUUCCUGAGAGGCUGGUUCUGAAGAGGUGGCGCAAGGAUACAAAGUCGUUGGAUAAGUAUGCUGAGAUAACGGAAGUUGGUAGUGAAAUUGGUUUCUUGUUGCGCCAUGGUGCACUUCAUGCAGCCGCACAGUGGAUGCUAUAUGUCGGAGCUAGGAGCCCUUCGUCUUUCACACAGGCGCUUAACGGUCUCCAUACGCUGUGUCAGGAACUGGAUAGAGGCCCUGAAAAUGUCCGUCAGAAGAAAGCUCUUAAUACGGUUGAUUUACAUGACCCUGUUGUGGCGAAGACCAAGGGUGCCCCUCGUGUGAGGAGGCAGGAUAGACGGAAAAGGCGCUGCACCCGUUGCCGCAAAACGGGGCACACAAAACGACACUGCAAUGCCGACCAGUCCUUUGUUUCCAAAGUUGAAGAGAGCAAAGAUUUUGAGGCGACAAAUUUAGGGUCGGAGGGGUCAUUGCCAACGGAAGGGGUCAGAUUCGAACACGGCAAGAAGGGUGUUCUUGGACCCAAUAAUUUGGCUACACAGGUUUGCUUAGAGGCAUCAGGUUUGAAGAUUAGAUUACAACAUGAAAUUCCUGUUGCAACUGGAUGUAAUGAGACUAUGGAAUGGGAGAGGAACAUGAUAAGUAACACCGAUGAUUUACUAGCACAGGUACGUGGUUUUAGUAAGCUUUUCCUAGUUAAAAAUCUGACUUCUGCACUCAUGUUCUGGUGGCACCUUAAAAGAAAUUUUCAAACCAAAAUUGAGUGA